AUGGGAAAUCUCAGCGCACUCGCUGUCGUCAUCGGAUACAUUAGCUGUGUCUUGAUUCCUUACUGUAUCUUCAAGGCCAGCUAUAACCUUAUUUCGCACCCCCUGAAGAGUUACCCUGGCCCGCUGCUGGCCAGGAUCUCUGAUUCCUAUGCCGGCUAUUAUGUUCUACGAAGGUGCCUCCAUUUGGCCACAUGGGAAGAUCACAGACGAUACGGGAGUGUUAUGCGUUAUGGACCUGAUCGAUUGAUAUUUAAUAGUGCUACAGCGCUUCGUGACAUCUACCAAAACCCCAAAGUCACUAAAUCACAUCUAUACCUGUUUUCCCUCAACGAUGGUGUCCCUUUUAUCUUCAAUUCCCUUGACAGCAAUGCGCACCUUCGCAAACGCAAGAUCAUCGGUCCAGCGCUAUCAGAGCGGUCCAUGCGACUAUUUGAACCUACACUGGCGGAGCAGAUUGAUAUCUUUCUAAAACAGCUCUUUGCUGCCCAUUCGACUCCUGUAAACCUAACGGAGCGUUGUAGGCGACUUGCUAUGGAUGUCGUUGCUCAGUUGGCCUUCGGCUUUCCCCUUGACCUGCAGGUAAACGAUGAACACUAUUGCGUCGUGAGCGGGUUUUCCAUUGCAAAUUUCCGCAUUAAUUCCUACAUGAACUUUCCAUUCUUGUCAAAGCUUGGGCUUGAUGCUUUAUUUAAAAGGAGCCCACUACGAAAAAAGCUGCGCAGCGUGGUCCAGAGAAUGAUCACAACACGUCUUGCGCAGGAUGCAAAAGGGAAAAACGACUUCUAUUCCUUCGUCAUGGAAGAUCUGGAAACCAAGUCCGCCGAUUUUCAACAGAGUGAGCUCUUUACAGAAAGUCUUUUUUUCAUCUCAGCUGGCGGUGACACUGUGUCAACUGCUAUGGCCUCCUUAUUCUUCUAUCUAUCGAGAAACCAGGACUGUUACGAUAGACUGUCCAGGGAAAUUCGUACAACAUUCAAGUCGAGCCGAGAUAUUCACGGUGGUCCGCAACUUGCGCAAUGUCGAUACCUACGUGCGUGCAUCGAUGAGGCAUUGCGAAUGUCGCCCCCAAUAGGUGGUACGUUGUGGCGUCAACAGGCAGAUCAGAAUAAUGAGGAACAGUUGGUGGUCGAUGGCCACGUCAUUCCCAAGGGCACUCACGUCGGCGUCAAUAUCUAUUCAAUCCACCACAACGAGGAGUACUUCCCUGAGCCCUUCAAGUUCAAGCCAGAGCGUUGGCUACACAGCGAGGAUGAACAUGCUUCAUGGAAAGCCGAAUCUGCCGCCUCAUCAGCUACACAGAGAGCGUUUACUCCGUUUUCAGUCGGUGCGCGAUCGUGUGCCGGAAAGCCGAUGGCAUAUCUCGAAUCGAGUCUCCUCGUAGCCAAAACGCUAUGGUAUUUUGAUUUUGAGAAAUGCGGUGGGAGCCUUGGCGAAAUCGGUUCUGGGCGGGAAGGUGCGCAUGGCGGCAGAGGACGAACCGGCGAGUUCCAGCUCUACGACGUUAUCACAUCCCGGCAUGAUGGGCCAUACUUGAGGUUCAUGCCACGGGGAAACUACUGCGAAGACCUUCGGUGA